AUGGAGGUUGAUAGAAGUGUGGAGGAUACUCCUGCUUCUCAGAGGCUUACAAAUGAAGAUUUCAGGAAACUACUUAUGACACCAAGGUCUACGCCGGCAGGAGGUGCUCAUCCUGCCGGCUCAGUAAGGGAGGCAAUGGCUAAUGCUGGAUCUAUGCCACCACCAACAGAAAACAAAAGUGAAUUGCGCCGUAAGAAAAAAUCUUACUAUGCCGCUCUCAAGAAACAGGAGGAUAACAAAUUAGCUGAACUAGCUGAAAAGUACAGAGAUAGAGCACGUGAGAGACGAGAUGGUUCCAAUGAGAUUGGUCCUGCUGAUCCCACAAGUAAUACAAGUAGUGCAUAUAGGGCUGUAGCACCUGAUCUCAAAUCAGGAAUGGAUGCAAAAGAAAGAAGAAGGCAACUCAUUCAGGAAUCAAAAUAUCUUGGUGGUGACAUGGAGCAUACUCACUUGGUGAAAGGUUUGGAUUAUGCAUUAUUGCAAAAGGUGCGGUCAGAGAUUCAGACUCGAGAACAGGAGCAAGAAGCGGAAAUGGAGAGACUUGUGUCUGCUCCCAUUGAACCUGUCAAAGAGAAGAAGGAAGUAGUGCAAGAGGAAGAGAUGCAGUUCAAAACGCAAAUGGGCAAAAAUAUUUAUAACAUGGUAUUGGAGCAAAAGAACAAAAAAGUGACUCGCAACGAACUAUUCGCCCCUGGCCGCAUGGCUUACGUAGUGGAGUUAGACGAAGAAGGCACUAUCGAUAGCGACAUCCCCACCACUCUCACCCGAAGCAAGGCGGAUGUGCCCGAACUGGACGAAAGGAGUUCGGCUUCCAGUGCAAAUGAUGUAGUUCUGGAGAAACUGGCACAAAUAUUCUCGUAUCUCCGCCAUGGAAGGCAUAAGAAGCAGAAGAAGACAAAGGACAAGACGACGGAAAAGGGCCGGGUAGACGAUUCUAUAUACGGGCAAAUCGGGGAGUACGUUCCAGGGGACAGACGGGCCGACAGGAGAGAUGAGCGGCCCCGCACUGGCUACUUCGACAAACCGCUCGAUGUGGAUAAGGAACAAGGUCCCGGUCCACUGCCUCGUCGCCAAGUACCAGCGAGCGCGGAAGAGAGAGACAAACGAUCGGCCGCGCUGCUCUCCCGCUUGGCCGCGGAACCGGAAGGAUAUGCCGAAUGCUAUCCCGGCCUGAGAGAGAUGGACGACGCCAUAGAUGACUCUGAUGACGAAGUGGACUACACUAAAAUGGACGCUGGCAACAAGAAAGGACCUAUCGGUCGUUGGGAUUUCGAUACGCAAGAAGAAUAUUCGGCCUAUAUGAGUAGUAAAGAGGCAUUGCCCAAAGCCGCAUUCCAAUACGGAGUGAAGACUCAGGACGGACGCAAGACAAGGAAGACCAAAGACAAGAGCGAGAAGGCAGAACUCGAUAGGGAAUGGCAAAAGAUUCAAAACAUCAUACAGAAGAGAAAAGCACCACAGUCGAGUGGCGACGAGCCUGGCUUCAAAACUCCAAAGUUCCAGCAAUAA